AUGUUCGAGGCAGUGUACAUUACUGAUGCUAAACAUGCGCUUGUUUACGAGUAUCUUGUACUGCUGUACUCACCUCAUUUCUUACUGAUAAGUCCAGUUAUAGAGGCCACCCGCUACGAGGAGAAUUCUGACCCUCUUAAAUCAAACGAGGCUCCACUUCCAUUGGUUAAAGUAAACCAAGAAUUUCAUGUUUGCUCACGGAAAGAUGAGGGAUUGAUAUUGUACCUUCUCUUUCUGACGUCAGCUGCUGAAAAAACAAACCCACUCACACCGUUCCUUUUCAUCAACAGGUUGUUGGAUGUAAUGCACGAGUAUUUCGGUGCCCCGCUUACAGUGUCGAAAGUUGAUGCUAAUACCGAUACGCUCACCCUUUUGCUUAACGAAAUGAUCGAUAAUGGCAUACCAAAUAUAACAGAUUCGAAUCAGCUUCGGGAUUUGGUGCUGGUGAAGAGCUUUCUUAGCAAAAUUUUGAGCUCAGGGACAGAUAUUGCCUCAGCAGCAUCCAAGAAAACACUCUCCUCAUUUUCUGGCGUUUCUAAGCCCCUGGUAUCAUCCACACCACUGAAUGCUGAUAACGAAACUGUGCCUUGGCGCAGAGCAAAUGUCAAGUACACGAAUAAUGAAAUGUAUGUUGAUUUCAUUGAGACGGUGAAUGUGAUCCUUAAACCCAAGAAAAGCAGGAAGAAAGUUGAGCUUCUAUCGUCUCAGAACUUUGAUUCAGUAUUCUAUUCUACGUCAACUGUGACAUCAUCAUCCAACAAACUAUCUCCUGUCACCGGUUCCAUAAACGGGCAGCUUGACUUCCUAUGCCGGCUUUCAGGAGAACCAUCCUUGCAAAUCGCUUUCAAUUCUGCAUCUUCGUACAUUGAGGCUCCACGCUUCCAUCCAUGUAUCAAUGUAGACUCAUGGCAACGAAGCAAGGAUACACUUUCUUUCAUCCCGCCUGACGGUCAAUCUACUCUUAUGUCAUAUCAGGUUGAUUUGGACAAUCUUCCACAGAAAAAGUCUCUAUCGAUGCUUGGGUUGCCAGAGUUUGAUUGUCAGCUGGGACUAGGCAUUAAUGAGAACGAGUUUGAAGUGCGGGUUAUCACUUCCAAACAUCAUGGUAUCUCAAAGAUCGAUGCAAUCAAGCUUGAGGUUUUUGCCUUCGAACAAAACGUGUCACUUUUGACAGGCGGUGAAGUUAGUGACGAUGAUGAGAACGAAUCUAACAAUAUGGUCAAUACCAUAAAAUCGAUCAAAGUAACUCAUGGUGACUUUAGAUACAAAGGAGAGGGAAAAGGUGAGUGGGUAAUGAAGGACCUUGUCCCGGGCGUACAACCCGUCUUUAGAGGCUGCAUUCAUACCGCCGACGAUGAUGCUCUUACCGAUUCAUCAAGAACUCCUUCAUUGCACGAGAAUCUCAUUGAAGUUACGGAUGAAUCGAACAAGGCCUCUGCAAAGAAACCAGUGGCACCUCUCUUCUACAAUGUGUCAUUCACAUAUAAAGGCGGCCUAGCCAGUGGCCUUAAAAUCGAUAAUUUGAAAGUUAUCAGUUCUAAAGGAUUAGGCGACUCUGUUAAACCUUACAAGGGUGUCAGAUAUAUUACCACCACAGGGGAUUAUGCUAUUCGCAUGUGA